AUGUGUUUGUCGUGCUUUACGCAGUUUAAACAACAGGAUGGCGCGCGGUACAAGACGCAGCUGGUGCAGGCGGUCGAUUCGCUGUUCGCUAAGGCCACGACGCGAGCUUUUCGACGGAUGGCGGCGGUGGUGGUGCAGUGGGUGUUCCAGGCGUGGAGAGCUGCUGCCAGGAGAGCCAAAUGGAAGAGUCGGCUCGCAGUCAGGGCACUGCAGAAGCAGCGUAUGCGUCGUCUCUGGAAAUCGUGGCAGCUCUUCCUCUACGAGCGUCGAAUCAUCGGUGCCAUGCUGUACGCAGAGUCGCAACAACGCGAGACCAAGGAGAAGGCGCAAGAAGUGGCCAAGCUGCACGGAGAUGGCUUCGAGCGCGAGUCUGCAGCUCGGAUCCAUGAAGCCGUGCAGCGAGAAGUCGUCCAGAAGCUGGAAGCCCAGCUAGCAGCGCUGCAGAAGUCGAUGCAAGCCAAAGACCGCGAACUACUGGAGCUACGAAGAGAACUUCGGGAGAAACACGCGCUCGUCAACGUGUUGCAGACGCAGGUCGUCAAUCCCCAGGAACUGGAUCGGCUGCGUGUGGAGAGCACAGAGUACAAAAAGGCGAGCUUCCACCUUGUGGCUGCACUGACGCAGUCGAUGGAGACGCAGCUCGAAGUUCUCAGUACAAGUGACGGUCGACAGAACCUCAGCGACGUCUUCACACGAGACUUGGUGCAGGCUAUGGACAAGCCGGAACAUUCCUCGUUCUACAACCCUCUGGUCGACAUGGAAGCAGCAGAAGCAAGCAGCGAGAAGCCUUCAAGCUUUGCACUGGCGUAUGAGGCGCCAGUGGAUCGAGCCGAAGCGAUUCUGACGCAGUGGGUGAACUCUCUUGUCGCGCGGCAACCUCCAGAUUGGCUGGCUGUGCCUCGUAUGCACAACUUCCACUCAAGUCUGACCGACGGCAAGGUUUACACAGUGGUGACCAAGAUGCUGCAUGCAGCCAUGUGUCGAAAUCGCCCUCGACGACCUGCUGGCGGCACUGCGUCUCGACUGGAAGCCACGUCUGUUCUGAGAGAGAACGGUGAGGACCUGACUGAGAUCAGCAUGGGGCGAUACGUGGAGCAUAUUCGACACGAGAGCUGCAUCGAGAAGCGGCUGGAAGUGAUGAUCAACACACUGGGGCAGGCCAUGUGGCUGCCUCUUGACUUACUCAACGCGAAGGACAUUCGAGCAGGUCACGUCGAGUUCAACUUUGCAGCGCUUACCUACCUCUUCGUCACUUUCUCGCCGUGUCUUGCGCCAGACUACCACGCCUUGUGUACCGAGUUGACACAGCAAUUGAAGGAUGUGAAAGGGAAAUGGCAAGAGCUUCAAGGCGAUGACACAGCUGCAUCUUCUGCCUCUACAGGCCCAACGACUGAAGAAGAAUUGUCUUUGAGUAUGCGCGUCAAGCUGGCACUAUCGCAGACGCUAGAACUGAAGCGUCGAGUUGACACGGAAGACCUCAAGUCGCGUGAAGGUCAUGCGCUCUGGGUCAAGGCGGAGCGUAUCGUGAUGCGGAAAUGUUUCCUGUCUUAUGCUCGCAUAGCACGAGGGAAAACGGGCGUCUUAACCAAGACAAAUGCGUCUCUACGUGACGAGAAUGAGGCGUUCUCCAAGCUGCCUAAGCACAAGCUGCAGGACUUGGCGUUGCCCUAUGAGGACUUUAACUGGGAAGCGAAAUUGCUACAGAGUUAUCUCGUGACGAUCUACUGCGAUCUCGCACGGAUUUAUCGAGGAUAUGCGACUCGAUCUGGCGGUUCUACGGACACGAUCAACGUUGGCGUCUUCGUUGAGUUGCUGACGGAGUGUCACGUACUGGAAGGCAACAUGACCAACGCUGACCUGCAGCACAUCAUCCGUGUAUUGGACCCAAAGAGCAAAAACAUGAACGCACAUCGAGCUCUACCGCCUGUCGAGUUCUUGGAAGUGUUGAUCCGAGUUGGACGCAAGAAAUAUCCCGUCGAGACCAACCGCGUGACGAUCUCGGAAACGUUUUGCUUGUUCGUGGACAACUUCAUUUUGCCUUUUGCCUUCCGCUCCGACGCCGAUUUGUUCCGCCAGCAGAUCGAGGACACGACGAUCCAUCGACUGCUCAUCAAAUACACUGACGACCUCAAGAAACUGUACGAGAAGUACGCAGUCGAAGACCCCAAGCACAAGAACAAGAACGAGCGCGUCACUGCCUUCACCUUCAGCCAGUGUCUGCUGGAUCGUGGAGUGCUGGACAUGACGCUCACGUCGGACAAGAUCCUAGGCAUCCUCAGUAAAGUCUUGCGGAACAACGGGGGCCCGUCAGCUUCAGGUGCGUCACCCGCUUCGAAAGGCGGACGGAGAACAGCAGAAGACGAAGACGUGACGUACCCACAGUUCGAGGAAGCUCUCAUCGCUGUGGCUUGUCAUAAAUUCCCAGAUCCCUACGUCUCGCUUGAGAGCCGCGUCGAGAAGUUCUUCUCCGUCUACGUUCGCGAGCGAAGAGAGUGA